AUGCAGACCGGGACGGCCUAUGGCAGCACGUCUCAGAGACCAAGAACAGAUCACGCUGGGCCACAGAAUGCUCCGGCGCCUCCGGUGUAUUCGCCUUACCGUUCGCCGACAACAGACAAUUCCAGGGUGCAGAGCACUUAUUUGGUGCCUGCGCAGGCCCGUCCUGGGCCUCCUACGAACUACUGGAGUUCGAGGGUACAGAGGACGUACACGGAUCCCACAUAUACGCCUCCUCUGCCUUCGACAACCGCCCGUGCAACGGUACCCGCACAUGGGGAUGCAGCUCCACCUGCACUAUUGUCGCACACUGUUCCUCAAGUGACGUUCCAUGAUCUCGAAGAAGUCCUCCAAAUCCGCAUACCAGAGAGCGUGUCUGUAGGUGGAGGAGGCAACCGGCGAGAUUUCAACGCGACGCAGCGAGCACCUGCGGAGAGAGCGUACGGCCGCAUGCGAAAAGCACAGGCAGAGAGACAGCGCGCGCGGAGCCGUGGAGACAGACCGGAAGUGACGCGGCUCAAAGCUUUGGUAGAAGAAGAAAAGGCGACGGCGGAGAGGCUGAACAUGGCUGCAGCCGAGUGCAUUUUCAAGGGUGAAUAUGAUCUACCUAUGUCAUCAGCACGAGCGUGUUCUAAUUCGUUGUUAUUUCAUCUUUGCUGUGAUGGGGGCAGAAUGCAACAAGGUGCGUACGAUGCGGGAGCUGGUAGCCUGAGUAUGUUAUGCGACUGA